GCCCCCACCUCCCCUCGCCCCCGGAACUCCCUCCCCCCUCCGCCCUCCCUCCGUCGCCCGCGGUGGCUGCUGGCUUCCGACGCACGCGGCAUCCGAAUCCGCACCGCACCCGAUCCCCGCGCCACUUGUCCCGCCGCCCAAUGCCCGCCCUCCGGUGAGAUGGCGCCGCCGCGCGGCGGUGCUCCCACCCCCUCGGAUUCCCCCCACUCCAUUUAUUCUCCCCCUGGCCCGCCAACAACAGCGUCCCGUCAUCCUCCUCACCCGCACCACCCCCGCUCGCCUAUUUAAGGCGACAUGCUCUCCAGGAGGCCGCUCGCCGCCGCCCUACGCCUCGCGCCCCUCUCGCCUCCGCUCCUCCUCUUCUUCGCCUCCUCCUCCUCCUCGUGCUCCUCCCCCACCGCUUCGGCCUCGGCCCCCAGAGGCUGCAGUGCUCUAAGGAUGGAUAGCGGCGCUGUGGAACCAGCUUCAACCGGGGCAAUCUGGUCAACGCCGUCGGUGGAGCCGAGAAGCAUUUCCAUCGGGAAGCAGAUAUUCUGCAACAGGUCUCUCAACAUGAGGAACAUCACCGCAGUAGGAUUUGAUAUGGACUACACUCUUGCGCAGUACAAACCUGAGACAUUCGAGGCCCUUGCUUACCAUGGCACCAUUGAGAAGCUCGUGAAGGAUCUCAACUACCCUGAGGAGCUGUUGACAUGGCAAUUUGACUGGAAGUAUAUGGUCAGAGGACUAGUUCUUGAUAAGAAAAGAGGAAAUAUCUUGAAGAUGGACCGGCACAAGUAUGUAAAAGUUGCAUACCAUGGAUUUAGGGAGAUGUCGAAGGAAGAAAAAGUUGCUGCUUAUGGGAGUACAUUGAUAAGGGAUUCCUUCGAUGAACCUGAUUAUGCCCUUAUAGAUACACUUUUCUCACUGGGUGAAGCCUAUCUGUUUGCUCAGCUUGUUGAUUUCAUGGACAGCAAUCCUGCAAAAGUACCUUCAGGCACUGACUAUGCGCAUAUGUAUAGAGAUGUGAGGUCUGCGGUUGAUCUGUGUCAUCGUGAUGGAACUUUAAAACGAAUGGUUGCAAAGGAACCUAGCAGGUAUAUCAAUGAAGACUUGGCAAUUGUGCCGAUGCUUCAAAUGCUUAGAAAAUCUGGACGCUCCACAUUCUUGGUGACAAACAGUUUAUGGGACUACACUGAUGUUGUCAUGAACUACCUAUGUGGGCCAUAUAUGUCAGAUGUAAGCUCAAGUCACAACCACAAGUGGCUUGAGUAUUUUGAUGUUGUUAUAACAGGCAGUUCAAAGCCAAGCUUUUUUCAUGAUGAUAACCGAACAGGAUUGUUUGAAGUUGAGCCUGAUUCUGGGAAACUUCUAAAUGCUGAUCUUCAGAUUGGAAGCCCAAGAUCAAGUCAACAUCAGCCAAAACCAAUUCACAAAGUUUACCAGGGAGGCAAUGUUGGUCAUCUUCACAGACUACUUUCUGUUGCUUCUAGUUCGCAGAUCCUCUAUGUUGGUGAUCACAUAUAUGGAGACAUACUCCGCAGCAAGAAAGUUCUAGGUUGGCGGACUAUGCUGGUAAUACCUGAGCUGGAGCAAGAGGUGAAGCUUCAAUCAGAAUCAAAGUCUACUCGAAAGGAGCUUAGACACCUUAGAAUGGAGCGUGAUUCAGUUGAAGACACGAUCCAUCGCCUUGAAUGGUCUCUUCAAUUUGAAGAUCUUACAGAGAAUGAGAAGGGAAAGUUGUUAUCUGAGCAUGAUAAUCUACUGCAAAAGCUGAAGGGUAUCCGCUGCCUUCUCCGAGAUGCUCAGAUGCAACAUCACCAGAAGUUUCACAAGGUGUGGGGACAGCUUAUGAAGACUGGGUACCAAAACUCUCGGUUUGCUCACCAGGUCGAGAGAUUUGCGUGCCUAUACUGCAGCCAAGUUACAGACUUUGGGUUGUAUUCUCCCAACAAGUAUUACCGUCCAAGCGAAGAUUACAUGCCCCAUGAGUUCGAUGUGCUUGGCCUGUAGAACUAGUUUGUGCUCAUGUGGAAUCGAAGUUCUCCUUUGAGGUGUAGGCUGAAGCAAGAUAUGGACGCAAUUUUAGCAUGAUACUGAAUAACAAAUAUUUACCACCUCACACAACAGAAUGAGGUCUACCUGGUGAAACUUCACCCAUUUUACAUGUUUAUAUACUAUAGUUGCUGAUAGGAAAUUUUACAGGUUUCCUGCUUUGUACAUAACAUGUUCUAACAGGGGGCAAAUGAAACCAAUGUUGAAUGUUGAUCAUUUCAACUUUCAAAGUAAAUAAUUUAAUUUGGUUAUUA